UGAAGUAGCAACGUAACGUAGCCAUGGCAAAUCUUGCUCUUAUUUCUCUCUGCAUUUUCGCAAUUUUCUUCUGUUUUUCACUCCAAGGAAAUGCACUUUCCUCCUGCAAUGGCCCCUGCACAACCUUGGACGAUUGUUCCGGCCAGCUAAUUUGCAUCGGCGGGAAGUGCAACGACGACCCCGACGUCGGAACACAUAUCUGCAGAGGGGGCUCUACUCCAACUCCCGGCAACUGCAAACCGGUCGGGAGUAUGACGUGCAACGGCGAGACCAAGUCUACCUACCGGUGCUCGCCUCCGAUGAAGUCCUCUACCCCCGCCAUACUCACCCUCAACGACUUCAGCGAAGGCGGCGACGGUGGCGCUCCAUCCGAAUGCGACGAGCAUUACCACGACAAUAACGAAAGAGUGGUGGCGUUGUCGACCGGGUGGUACGCGGGAGGGUCUAGGUGCGAGAAGAUGAUUCGUAUCAGGGCGAGUAACGGGAGGAGCACGACGGCGAAGGUGGUGGAUGAGUGUGACUCCAUGCACGGAUGCGACGAUGAGCAUGGAGGACAAGGGCCGUGCGAUAACAACAUCGUUGAUGGGUCGGCGGCAGUUUGGAAUGAUCUGGGCCUAGAUAAAGAUUUGGGCCGAGUGUCUCUUACAUGGGCCAUGGCCUAAUGAUCAUUUAUUUGUGUGAUCAAAUAUGGUAACAUAACAAUGAAGUGUCACCAAGAAGUGUAAUUUUCAAUAAAGAUCAUGCAAAAUAAUUUCCUCAUGGGGGAUGAUUUCUAUAUAUUUCAAAUGACCCUAAAAACUUGUUAUAUUAUGCAUCCUUGGGGUGUGGAGUAAUAAUAUUGAUACUCAAUGUGAAACUA